AUGGGGUUGACGUUCACGAAGCUGUUUGCGCGGUGGGUGGGCAAGAGGGACAUGCGCAUUCUCAUGGUGGGGCUGGACGCGGCGGGCAAGACCACCAUUCUCUACAAGCUCAAGCUCGGGGAACUCGUUACAACCAUCCCCACUAUCGGCUUCAAUGUGGAGACAGUGGAGUAUAAGAACAUCAGCUUCACUGUGUGGGACGUGGGGGGACAGGAUAAGAUUCGCCCCCUGUGGAGGCACUACUUCCAGAACACGCAGGGAUUAAUUUAUGUGGUGGACAGCAACGACAGGGAGAGAGUGAUGGAGGCGAGAGACGAGCUGCACCGCAUGCUGAAUGAGGUGAGUCAACGCUGGUCAACGCUGGUCAACGCUGGUCCUCCCCUUCCCUCUUCUUUUCAGAUCCGGUAUCUGUGGCAGCACUACUUUCAAGGCACGCAGGGAAUCAUAUACGUGGUGGACAGCAACGAUAGGGAGAGAGUGAUGGAGGCGAGAGACGAGCUGCACCGCAUGCUCAAUGAGGACGAGCUGCGUGACGCUUCUCUCCUGGUCUUUGCCAACAAGCAGGACCUGCCCAACGCGAUGAACGCUGCUGAGAUCACCAACAAGCUCAACCUGCACUCGCUCAUAUUCUCCCACUCUUCCCCUGCUCCCUCUCAAAACACGCUGACAGGACGAGCUGCGAGAUGCUACCCUUGUGGUGACGAGCUACGUGAUGCUACUCUCCUCGUCUUUGCCAACAAGCAGAACCUGCCCAACGCGAUGAACCCUUCCCGUGUACUCUUCUCUUUCAUCCCCUCCCAUGUACAGGACGAGCUGCGUGACGCCACUCUCCUCGUGUUUGCCAACAAGCAGGACCUGCCCAACGCGAUGAACGCUGCUGAGAUCACCGACAAGCUCAGCCUGCACUCGCUGCGCCACCGCACCUGGUAUGUGUGUGUGUGUGUGUGUGUGUGUGUGUGUGUGUGUGUGUUUGCCUCUUUCCGUCCCGUGUAUGCGCCAACCGGCCUUCGCAACGCGAUGACUGCUGCUGAGAUCACCAACAAGCUCGGCCUGCACUCGCUGCGCCACCGCACCUGGUAUGAGCCUAUUUUUGAGUCGACUCAAAAAUAG